AUACAAUCCAAAUUGACUUCACUUGUUGGCUCCAUAUUUGAAAAAGUUAAAACCAGGCGUCUUCGGCCUUCUCCUCCUCGACCAGGUGAUCAAGUCAUAAGACCCUUCAGAGCUGCAGAGCCAUGGUAUCUCCUAAGUCUGCAGCAUCUGUGUUGGAGGCACUUGUAAGGCUGUGUAAGGCCCAUGGGUAUGUGUAUGCGGUAGAGACAGCAGGACAGACAGUGUAUAACUUUGGGCCAUUGGGAGCAGAGCUGAGGAGAAACCUGCUGGCAGAAUGGUGGCAAAGUAUAGUUACAACACAGGACAAUGUGUUUGGGAUAGAAAAUGCCCUUUAUAAAAGUUUACCUGCUCAGGAUGCACACAGACUGUAUGGUGAGACAGUGGAAGAAGCCAUGCAGACUGUACGCCCCCAGUUCAGCCAGUCUCUCCACCAUGGUGUCCUGUCCCACUACCACUCCAGUCUACAGCUGCUGAAUAACAAGCUUCCCUUUGGUCUGGCUGAAGUGGGCAGGUGUUUCGCCAGGACUGCAGCUCAUGAGGAGAGGUUUUUAUACAGUGCCAGAGAGAUGACAGCCAUGUCCAUGCUGUUUUUUGUCCCACCUAAGAAGUCUGGUGCAUGGUUUGACUUGUAUCAACGACAAAGAAUGCAGUGGUGGAGAAAGUUUGCCAGCAGCCCCUCAUCAUUCUCAGUAGUGGACACUGAAACAGACAUGACUUACCCUACAGUCAAUAUUCAGUUUACCUUCCCCUGGGGGGUAGACACUGUGGAGAGAAUAAGCCUGAGAUAUGACAGUGACUUGUUAGAUCUAGAGAAGAAGACAGGAUUGUCGUACCAGGGGAAGGAUGGCAGGAAGACUGUGGUGCCACAUGUGUUAGAGAUGGAGACUUACCUGGAGCGGGCCUGUCUGACAUACCUCCUGGAUGGGCUCACACAGAUUAACAGCAGACAGAUGUUAAGACUUCACUGCAGACUGGCACCAUACAAGGUUGCAGUGCUGCCUGGGAGAGGAACAGAGUCCCAGCUUCGGGAGAUUACAGACUACAUUGCCAGGGACUUGCGGACUGCAGGUAUUCCAUGUUGGUACAGUGCAGACCCCCAACACAGCAAUGAACAACAGCAUGCCAGGUAUGAUGAGAUGGGUGUUCCUUUCUCUGUGGCUGUUAAUGAGAACACCAUAAAAACUGGCAUCACUCUAGUGCGCAAUAGGGACACAACAGUAAAGGAGCAAGUCCACAUCAGCCAACUCCAACACAUGUUGCUGAGGUACAUGCAGGCGUAUUAGACACAUCCAACAGUCUUACGGACCUUUAAGGGAAGGACCUUGCAGAAGGACUUUACUUGGUCCCGUUAAUUUCCUUGCAAAUUGUCUAUGGACCUUCUGUACUAUCACACAAGGGAAGGACCUUGCAGGACUUGUUUGGCCCUGUUCAUUUCCUUGCAAAUUGGAUUUUGAGCUGAAACCACCAAAGCAGGAUUCAUGUGGCUCCGCCUGAUAGCUGGUGUCACUUUGAAGCUGGCUAAAUCGCAAACCACUUCUGGUAGUUUCAAUGUGGCUCAUGCGACUCUAGUAUGAACGUAAAUGUGGAUUUAAGCCACCUUAGUUUGCAUAAUGACCCAUCAUGGGUCACAUGGUCAUCUAAAACUUUUGGUAUUUGUUGUGUGUUCAGCUGCCCCGAUUCAGAGGAAGCUCAAGGAAAUGUACAGAAAUAAGAAUGUGUACAUUAGGUGGCCGCAUGCUUCAAAGGCUUUGCAAAAACAUGCAAGCCGUUUCCUACAAAGAUGAAAAAACUUAAAGAGCGAAUACUAAAAGGUAUGUGACCACCUACUCCAAGACGGUAGUGACAGAAUAACGUAUCCAUUCUCAAGCUCCACCAUGAUUUUGACUUUUCGCGCACAAUAAGAUCAUGUCUGUGGUAUGCACCUUACCUGAUUCCAAUUCGCAAGGCUUACAUUGAACAGGGCCUUUGACUGUACAUUGUCCAAAGUGGAUAACCUAUUUAAUAUAAACCGAUUCACUAAUUUUGUGGAUGAAAAAUAUGGGCUCAGUACUUUUGAGCUACUUCCAUACAUAUACAUGUAUGAUAUAAUAUCAUUGUACAUAAUGAUAAUUAGUUCCACACAGCCUAUACAGUAGCAGGUUGUGGCGGUAUUUUGUUCUUAACCAUGGAAAAGGACUUUUUUUUAAUGAAUGAAGAGUGAAUAUAUAGACUUCUGAAUCUAUGUGAGUUCCAUUAUUUCUGAAUCAUUUGGAGCUCCAUGAUAGUAAUGGGUUGUGGCCAUAUGGAAACAUGUAUUUUAGACAACUUCUCUAUUUUUAUAACAUUCAAGUGUAAUUUUAGACAAUUUUACAAUCUAAAAUUUCUAUGGACAGCUGCCUACAACUAUAUAUGGUUUUUACACCAUAAUUUAUAAAAAUCAUCAGUCAUCAAUACUUAAUAUAGUAAAAGUGUUUAUUGUUUCUGCCUUUCGUACAAAGAAAACUAAGGGAAGCAGGAAACAUACAUGACAUGACCUACAUAUGCUAGUUAUUACUUCCUACACACUAUUGAGUAACUUGCCAUUUUGCACAAUUACACCUAAAUGACUACCAAGUACUUUGAUGUGUUUGUACAAGAAUUGCGUGGUUCAAAAAUAUGUCUUCAACAUUCUUAUACCCUUUUCUUUACAAAACCAUGGCUGAUUGAAAAUAUGUUAGUAAUUGUGAAAUAAACAAAACCUCAGGCUCACAACUUUUAACAUUUUAUGUAAUGUCCUAUAAAGAAGUCUUUAUCAAACAAUGCUACAAGAAAACACGGCAUAUCUACUUCCCAUCUAGUUGAAAAAGUCAUUGCUUACAUACAAUCUGCCCACCUGUCCCAAAUAUAUUUGUUAGAAAACAAUGGACAACUGCUAAUUAGUAUGUCAAAACUUGCUUUUCCUACAGUUCCACCUAUUCCUGUCUGACACAAAUGUUUCCUUCUAAGCCUUCUGUUAACAAAGCUGUAGUUUUGGUGAAUGCAAGAUUUGCAGUUUUUGAUCUUGGAUUAGGCCUCCCUUCUGUGACGUUGCAUUCAUACAAAGCUUAUUAAGACAAAAA